AUGUCCAAACCAUCGACGCCGACGCCAUCAAAUACGUUACUUCUUCGAAGGCAGCUGCAAGAACUUACCAAACGACCAGUAGAAGGAUUCUCUGCAGGCCUGGUUGACGACAACGAUCUGUAUGAAUGGGAGGUCAUUAUCAUUGGUAAGGGGUACUCAGCUGAUUGCCAACAUCUGUUCCUGAAAGGAUGUGCUUUGCUUUGCAGUGAAGGAGGGUUCUUCAAAGCGCGGUUAUCAUUCCCGCCUGAGUUCCCCCUCUUACCCCCAAAGAUGCGAUUCAUCACACCGAUGUGGCACCCCAACAUCUACGCCGAUGGCACCGUUUGCGUUUCAAUCCUGCACGCCCCCGGUGACGAUCAAUACGGGUACGAAGAUGCCGGAGAGAGAUGGAUGCCUGUACAUACAGUGGAGUCCAUCCUUGUCAGCGUAAUUUCGCUGCUAUCGUCCGACAAGCCGAAUCUCGACAGCCCGGCUAACGUUGAUGCUGCGAAAGAAGUUAGAACAGACUUUGAAGGUUACAAGAAGAAAGUACGAAGGUUGGUCCGCCGAAGUGCGGAGGAGGCCUUUGAUUGA